AUGAUAGAUCCAGCAAUAAACCUUUUCCAGGAAGGCGACACUUUGGGGUUUGUCGGGUCAUCAAUGGAGGAAGACCAUACACUUAGACUGUAUGAUUACGGCCCCGGGAUCGGUUAUCGGAUUAAUAGGGGUUUCCCGGCACUUGAUAAUCCGCGAAUAGAACUACGCUACGCUAAUAAUUGUUUUUUGAGAUGCUGUACUAAGUUUUUCCAUUGUCUCCGAGAUAUGUUUGGAACCGGAUGGAGAGAAGAAAACGCAAUGGGGGCCCGACAGAGACGGAGGACUAUUGCCCCCGAGGGGGAAGAUCAGGAAAAUGCAGGCCUCCGACGAGCGGCGGACCUUUUGGCACUCGCUGAUCAACUAGAGCAACUGGCUGCGCAAAUUGAAGCCGCCGAAGUUCCUCCUGUAGAUAAUAUUACAAGGGUAUCUAUUCGGGAGAGGGAUGAAUCCGAACACGACCUACAGUUCUGGGAUAACUUACUAGGAGACAGUCCUGAAAGACCAGUACAUCAGGAAGCUGCUAUGGAGGAGAGUAACAGCGUGAUUAAUCUGAUACCCUUCCCGGAUAUCGAAGAGGAUCGUUCCAAUGCAGGCAACCGUGAAAGUCAGAAUAGCCGUGGAAUUGAACUCAUACCUAUCCAAGGCCAACUUCAACGCGAAGAAGACGAGGAAGACAUAGAAGCUCAACCAGGGUCCUCAAAUGAUGAACGACUAAAUAACGCCUUCAGGGGUCCUUUAGACCGUAGCUAUUAA